CCUGGCGUGGGCCACAUCCUGUUGCUGGUCCCAGAUGUCCAGUUCCAGAUGCCUGGUCUCGGAGUGGGGAAAUGACCACUGGAGAAGCCCCCACUCCACAAGCUGCCGGGGCAAGAUGUGGUGGCUACUCCUCUGGGGAGUCCUCCAGGCUUGCCCCACGCAGGGCUCCUUGCUUUUGGCCCAGCAGCUACCCCAGCAGCUGACAUCGCCCGGGUAUCCAGAGCCCUAUCUCAGAGGCCAAGAGAGCACCACUGACAUCGAGGCUCCAGAGGGCUUUGCUGUGAGGCUUGUGUUCCAGGACUUCGACCUGGAGCCAUCCCAGGACUGUGAGCAGGACUCUGUCACAAUCACAGCCAGCGGGAUGGAUCCAAGCCGGUUCUGUGGGCAGCAGGGUUCCCCGCUGGGCAGCCCUCCUGGUCAGAUGGAGUUUAUAUCCCCAGGAAACCGAUUACGGCUGACUUUCCGGGCCCCCGCCUCCUCUCAGGACAGGACCACUGACCUCCACAAGGGCUUCCUAGCCCUCUACCAAGCUGUGAGAGUGAACCACAGUCUGCCCAUCAGCACACUGGAGGACAACCCCUCCCAGAUCCAGAACCACUGCCGGGAGCCCUAUUAUCAGGCAGUGCCAGCAGGAACACUCACCUGCACACCCCAGUUCCCCUGGAAGAAGACACAAGAUAGAGAGGAGCUUCCUCACUGUGUACCUGUCUGUGGCCGGCCGGUCACCCCCAUCGCCAAAAACCAGGAGGCCCUGGGUUCCUCCAAGGCCAAGCCAGGCAACUUCCCCUGGCAAGCUUUCACCAACAUCUACGGCCGCGGGGGCGGGGCCCUGCUGGGCGACAGGUGGAUCCUCACUGCGGCCCACACCAUCUAUCCAAAGGAUGGCAUCUUCGUCGGGAGGAACCGGAGCGUGGACGUGUUCCUGGGCCACACGAGCAUCGACGAGAUGCUGCGGCUGGGGAGCCACCCCGUGCGCCGCGUGGUGGUGCACCCGGACUACCGGCCGCGGGAGUCCCACAACUUUGACGGCGACAUCGCGCUCCUGGAGCUGCAACGGAGCGUGCCACUGGGCCCCGGCCUGCUCCCGGUCUGCCUGCCGGAGCGCGAGGCCCUCUACCGCAGUGGCGUGUGGGGCUUGGUCAGCGGGUUCGGUGUGGACAGAGGCUGGUUAACCACCGAGCUGAAAUACACAAGCCUGCCCGUGGCCCCACGGGCCGCCUGCCGGGCCUGGCUCCGAGAGAGGCAGAGGUCUGAGCUGUUUUCAGCCAACAUGUUCUGUGCAGGGGACGAGACGAGGCAGCAGAGUGUCUGCCAGGGGGACAGCGGUGGCGUCUUUGUGGUGUGGGAUGAGCGUGCCCAUCGCUGGGUGGCCACGGGCAUCGUCUCCUGGGGCGUGGGCUGUGGCAAGGGCUAUGGCUUCUACACCAAAGUGCUCAACUACCUGGACUGGAUCAAGGCAGUGAUGGAUGGGAAGGACUGAGCCAGGGGGCACUUGAGCAGGGACACUCAGCUGGGGACUGCCCCUGUUCCCCAGGAGAGGGUGAGGAGGGAGGACCCAGCUCAGAGAUGGGGAUGGGGACAGGAAUCCCUAUUCUAGUGACUGCUGCCCUGUCCCGGCUGGGAGAGAACUCCUCCUCCUUCUCCUCCUUUACCUUCCUUCCAGGGAAGCACUGGACACCUCAGCCAGUUUCCCUUUAAACUUCAUCUCCUGCAGAUAUGGCUUCUUCUGUGCUCUCCUGGGAGACUGUCACCUUCCCAUUCCCCAGUUCAAAUGGGGUAUGGGUGAUGUGGUUUUAACUGCUUUCAUUUCUGAGACAUUCCCAAGCCGCUCUAGUUGGCCUCCACACUUUCAAGCAAUUGGUUUCACCACCACCAAAUCUCCUAGCUGCAAUUCUAGUAAAUAGACCAUUUUGCCUUCCGUGUUCUCCGUACCAGACGCUUCCCGGGUUAUUUCAUUGAAUCCUCACAGCAAGUUUGCCAUGGAGGUGUUAUUACCCACAUUUCACAAAUGAGGAAACUGAAGCCCAGGGACAUAAAGUGUCUUUCCCAAAACCCACAGCUGGGACAGAACUGCCAAGGCCAUGUGCUUACCAGGACACUGCAGUACCUUGCAAUUGUCCUCAAGACCUACUGUGCUUCCCCUUCCUAAUCCCCACAUCCUCACAGGUCCUCCCUGGGAAUUCCUGCUUCAGUGAAGAUGACAACACCUGGCUCACACUUUCCUGGCCCCAUCCCCUAGACCCCAAGCUGAGCCCAGCACUGGGCUGGAUGGUGGGGCUGACACCCCCCAGCACUGCUGGACACCCGGGUCUGGGCUCCACCUGAGAAGACCAGCUCUAGAACACUUAAUAAGGUCUUGAGGUGAUUUACCGUGAAAGACAUAAGUCAAAUACGAUUGUUCAAAUGGAAAUAGAAAACUAAUACCAUAAAACAGAAGAGAGCAAAUUUGGUAGCAUUGAAGGUCAAGUCAGCUACCUGGUUAACGGUUAAGUUGAUCUUUGAAAAACAGCAGGAUUUAAAAUUAUACAUACAUGGGACACCUGGGUGGCUCAGUCGGCUAGGCCUCUGCCUUCGGCUCGG